CCCCCCCCACCCGUGUGACGCACGUGCCCAGCUCUCAGCCCACCCGGCGCUGCUGCUGCUGCUGAGGCUGACUUCCUCUCCCUGUUUCCCGGCGGAUUCUCCGUGUAAGGAUGCGCUGCGAGAAGUGAUGCUGUAGGUGCGCCAAAACCAGCAAACACAGGAGAACCAACAAGGAGACGCCGGGAGGACCAGUUUCUUUCUUUCUUUCUUUCUGAAUGGACCGAAUAUUCAUUUUGUGGUCGCGUCUGAGCCGCUGAGGAGCCAGGUGUGUGUGUCUGUAGCCACGCGGAUCUCCAGCGUUUCUGCUCACUCACCUGCGACAUGGCCGGGGCGUCGGUGAAGGUGGCCGUACGGGUCCGACCCUUCAACUCCAGGGAGAUCGGGAAGGAGAGCAAGUGCAUCAUCCAGAUGUCUGGAAACACGACGACUAUCCUGAACCCAAAACAACCGAAAGAAAACAAGAGCUUCAAUUUUGACUACUCAUACUGGUCACACACCUCGCCUGAGGACAUCAACUAUGCGUCUCAGAUGCAAGUGUACAGAGACAUCGGAGAGGAGAUGCUGCUUCACGCCUUUGAAGGCUACAACGUGUGCAUAUUUGCAUAUGGCCAGACAGGAGCGGGCAAAAGCUACACCAUGAUGGGCCGACAGGAAAAAGACCAGCAGGGGAUUAUACCUUUGCUGUGUGAGGAUCUGUUCACCAAGAUUAAUGACAGCAAUAAUGACAACAGCAUGUCUUACUCUGUGGAGGUGAGUUACAUGGAGAUCUACUGUGAGCGCGUGCGUGACCUGCUGAACCCCAAAAACAAGGGGAACCUGCGUGUCAGAGAGCACCCGCUGUUGGGACCCUACGUCGAAGACCUGUCCAAACUGGCCGUCACCUCCUACAACGACAUCCAGGACCUGAUGGAUUCUGGAAACAAGGCCAGGACUGUGGCUGCCACCAACAUGAACGAGACCAGCAGCCGCUCCCACGCUGUCUUCAACAUCAUCUUCACACAGAAGAAACACGACAUGGAGACAGACAACACAUCCGAGAAGGUCAGCAAGAUAAGUCUGGUUGACUUGGCUGGGAGUGAGAGGGCCGACUCAACUGGAGCUAAAGGGACGAGGUUGAAGGAGGGAGCAAACAUCAACAAAUCUCUUACCACACUGGGGAAAGUUAUUUCUGCUUUAGCUGAACUGGACUCUGCACCUAAUAAGAAUAAGAAAAAGAAGAAGGUGGAGAGUUUUAUUCCCUACAGAGAUUCGGUUCUGACCUGGCUUCUGAGGGAAAAUUUAGGAGGAAACUCUCGCACAGCCAUGGUAGCUGCUCUCAGCCCUGCAGAUAUCAACUACGAUGAAACCCUCAGUACUCUUCGGUACGCCGAUCGAGCGAAACAGAUCCGCUGUAACGCCGUGAUCAACGAGGACCCCAACAACCGCCUGGUCCGCGAGCUGAAAGAGGAGGUGGCUCGCCUCAAAGACCUGCUGUACGCUCAGGGACUCGGAGACAUCAUAGAGAACCUGUGCGAUUACAAGAACUUUGCCAAUAAUCGCCAGGCUGUCAAUCAAAGGGGUGAUCUCUCCACAGUGACCAACGUCAUGACGGGAAUGAGUCCCUCCCCCUCGCUCUCCGCCCUGUCCAGUCGCGCUGCCUCCAUCAGCAACCUCCACGACCGCAUCUUCAGCCCGGCCAGCGAGGAGGCCAUCGAACGGCUCAAGGAAACAGAGAAGAUCAUUGCAGAGCUCAAUGAGACGUGGGAGGAGAAGUUGCGUCGUACUGAAGCCAUUCGCAUGGAGAGAGAGGCUCUGCUGGCAGAGAUGGGUGUUGCCAUGAGAGAGGAUGGAGGCACUGUUGGUGUGUUCUCCCCCAAAAAGACCCCUCACCUGGUGAACCUCAACGAGGACCCUCUGAUGUCUGAGUGUCUGCUGUAUUACAUCAAAGAUGGCACCACCAAGGUUGGGCGUGAAAAUGCCAAAACUCGUCAGGAUAUCGUUCUCAGCGGCCACUUCAUUAAAGACGAGCACUGCACCUUCAGCAGUACCACCGGCCCCCAGGGAGAAGGUUGUGUCAUUCUUGAGCCAUGUGAGGGAGCGGAGACAUAUGUCAAUGGGAAGAGAGUGACUUCACCUACUGUUCUGCGGUCCGGAAACCGCAUCAUCAUGGGUAAGAGCCACGUGUUCCGCUUCAACGACCCGGAGCAGGCCCGUCUGGAGCGAGAGAGGACGCCAUGCGCGGAGACACCGGUGGAGCCAGUCGACUGGGCCUUCGCUCAGAGGGAGCUUCUCGAGAAACAAGGAAUCGACAUGAAGCAGGAGAUGGAGCAGAGGCUUCAGGAGCUUGAAGAUCAGUACCGUAAAGAGAGAGAAGAAGCCAGCAAUCUGCUUGAGCAGCAGAGGCUGGACUAUGAGAGCAAACUGGAAGCCCUUCGGAAACAAGUGGACUCUCGUUAUUUGGAGUCCCCUGAGGAAGAGGAGGAGCCUGAGGAAGAAGUGCCGUGGACAAAGCGUGAGACCGAGCUGGCUCUGUGGGCGUUCAGAAAGUGGCGUUUCUACCAGUUCACGUCUCUCAGGGAUCUGCUCUGGGGCAACGCCAUCUUCCUCAAAGAGGCAAAUGCCAUCAGUGUGGAGCUGAAGAAAAAGGUGCAGUUCCAGUUUGUCCUGUUGACAGACACUCUUUACUCCCCACUUCCACCUGACCUGCUGCCGUCCAGUGUGGCCAAAGAGCGAGAGACACGACCCUUCCCCCAAACCAUAGUAGCUGUUGAAGUACAGGAUCAAAAGAAUGGAGCCACACAUUACUGGACUCUGGAAAAACUCAGGCAGAGGCUGGACCUGAUGAGGGAGAUGUAUGACCGAGCUGCGGAGCUGCCCAGCUCUGCUGUGGAGGACUGCGACCACGCUCUGACCGGAGGAGACCCUUUCUACGACCGCUUCCCGUGGUUCCGUCUGGUUGGCAGGGCUUUUGUUUACCUGAGUAACCUUCUGUACCCGGUGCCUCUGGUGCACCGCGUGGCCAUUGUCAGCGAGAAGGGAGAGGUCAAAGGUUUCCUCAGAGUGGCUGUGCAGGCCAUCUCAGCUGAUGAGGAGGCCCCCGAUUACGGCUCUGGAGUUCGACAGUCAGGAACUGCUAAGAUCUCCUUUGAAGACACCCAGUUUGAGAAGCCUGAGUCGUGUCCUGGAGGUUUGUCGCACUCCAACACCUCCCAGGAGGAGCUGAGGAUCGUAGAGGGAGAAGGACAAAAUGUUGAGAUUGGAAUCUCAGCAGAUGAAGUUAACAACAACACCUGCGCAGCCACCCUGGAAGCUCCUCACAGCCCAGCAAAGACUUUAGGACUGGGUCUGGACUUUCCUCUGGAGCUGUCUCCAGAAAAGUCUCUGUCCCACCUGAAGAUUGGCAGCACCUUCACCUUCAGAGUCACAGUCUUACAGGCCUCCAGCAUCUCAGCAGAAUAUGCCGACAUCUUCUGCCAGUUUAACUUCAUCCACCGUCACGAUGAAGCUUUUUCCACUGAGCCACUAAAGAACACUGGCAGAGGACCACCACUGGGCUUCUACCACGUCCAAAAUAUCACGGUGGAGGUGACCAAGACCUUUGUGGAGUACAUCAAGACCCAGCCCAUCGUCUUCGAGGUGUUCGGGCACUAUCAGAAAGAGCCCUUCCCUCCACUGUGCAAAGAUUUGAUCAGUCCUCUGAGACCCUCCAGGAGGCAGUUUCCCCGGGUCAUGCCCCUAUCAAAACCAGUGCCGGCCACCAAGCUCAGCACGCUGACCCGCUCCACUGCAGGACCUUGUCAUGCCAAAUACGACCUCAUGGUCUUCUUUGAGAUCUGUGAGCUAGAAGCUAACGGAGACUACAUUCCAGCUGUAGUCGACCACAGAGGGGGGAUGCCCUGCCACGGGACAUUCCUCUUACACCAGGGCAUUCAGAGAAGGAUCAGAGUUACCAUCGCUCAUGAAGCCGGAAAUGAUAUCGAGUGGAAGGAGGUGAAGGAGCUCGUUAUUGGUCGUAUCCGAAACACUCCGGAGGCUGACGAGACCAUCAUAGACCCCAACAUCCUGUCCCUCAACAUCCUGUCCUCUGGAUACCUUUGGCCAAAACACGAUGACAACGUCUCUUUGGGAGUCGAUCAUAGAACUUUCUACCGAUUCGAGGCAGCUUGGGACAGCUCUAUGCACAACUCUCUGCUUCUGAACAGGGUCACCCCGUAUGGAGAGAAGAUCUACAUCACCCUCUCUACUUAUCUGGAGAUGGAAAACUGCACCCAGCCGACGGUUAUCACCAAGGAUUUCUGCAUGGUGUUCUAUUCUCGUGACAUGAAGCUUCCAGCCUCUCGCUCCAUCAGAAACUUCUUCAGCACUGGCUGCCUCAGGCCGUCAGAGAGUAACCGUGUCACUGGAGUUUAUGAAAUCACUCUCUGCCACGUUGCAGACAACGGAAGUCCAGGCAUGCAGCGUCGUCGUCGACGCGUGCUCGACACCUCGGUGGCGUACGUGCGAGGAGAGGAGAACCUGGCAGGAUGGAGGCCUCGCAGCGACAGCCUCAUCCUCGACCACCAGUGGGAGCUGGAGAAGCUCAGCUUACUGCAGGAGGUGGAGAAGACCAGACACUACCUGCUGCUGAGGGAAAAGCUUGAAGCAACUCUGCAGGCAGGACAGGAGGCCCUUUACAAGAGCGGCGACAUCAGCGACUUUGCAAAGAGCCCCGUCCUCAGCUACAGUCCUGGCACCAGCCCCCCCACCCCCGACAGCCCCAACCAGAGACAGAAGGAGCUGGCUGCUAAGUGUCUGCGUCUGCUGAUGCACACCUUCAACAGAGAGUACAGCCAGGUGAGCAGCAGUGCCAGUGAAAGCAAGCUCUCCGAAAUGUCAGCAUCAUUCAUGAGGGAAUCGUCCUUAUCUGAACUGAGUACUCUCACUCCCUCCUCCACCUGCCCCUCGUUGGUCGACGGACAUUAUGACUUUCGACUUACUGAUCCCAGUUCAGGAGCUUCCACACCGGACCUGGACCCGUUCAGCCCAGUGGACCGAAAGAAAAUUCUCCGAGGAUUCACUUUUGUUCCCGACAUCCAGGAGAUCCGUGUCAGCCCCAUUGUGUCAAGGAAGGGCUACCUGCACUUCCUGGAGCCCCACACCAGUGGCUGGGUGAGGCGCUUCGUCGUGGUCCGCAGGCCUUACGUUUACCUGUACCGCAGCGAGAGGGACAACGUGGAGCGAGCCAUCAUCAACCUGUCGUCCGCUAAGGUGGAAUACAGCGAAGACAAGCAGACAUUACUGCGAACUCCCAACACGUUUGCUGUUUGCACUGAGCACCGUGGGAUCCUGCUGCAGGCCACCAACGACAAGGAGAUGCACGACUGGCUGUACGCUUUCAACCCUCUGUUAGCUGGGACCAUCCGGUCAAAGCUCUCCAGGAGAAAGUCGGUCCAGUCGGCCCCGUCUGCUCAGAGGAUGUGAGAGGUGACUCUGGCUUACGGGAGAACAUACAAUCUACAAGCUCAACUUAGCAUCUUGCUACAAUAAAAAACAAAAUGUAUAGCUAACAUAUCCUCUGAUAUGGUGACUGAUUCUCGUCACAAAGAUAACUUAUCGCUCAUUUCAAACCCGUCCUGUGUCACUUUCUGCAGCCACUUCUUCAGACCUUGCAUGGUGUGCUCCCUUUUGACCUUUAGAUGAACUUUUAAGGAAAACCAACUACACAAACCGGCUCAUUAACUUCCUUCUGCUGGACGUUGGGACGUGUUCUGAUUAGUUUAAAUGUUCACCUAGGGUUAUGUUAUCUGUGAGGUUUCCAGCUCCUUGUAAAAAGAUAGUAUGAGACCUCUUUUAUCUAUUAUAAUAAAAAGUCCCGGUAGAAAAACAAACAUUAACCAUGUUGCAUCAGUAAGGUGAAGGAAAAACAUUCAACUUUUUCUAUGUAGACACGUGUCAGGCAGAGGGAUGCUAGAUCCUUAGAGAUACACCAUACAUACACUGUAAAAUACCUCAGUUUGGAUUGGUUCGAUGCUGUUUCAUGGCAGGCGUUUCAGACAGCACAGAG